AUGCCUAAUACGACUACAGCAGGAAACACGAUAGCCAGCACAACAACAACAGGAUUGAUAGCACCAAAUAUAACUACAUCAUCAAUGAUAACAACAUCAACGAUAACAACUACAGGAUUAACAGUACAAAACAUGACUACAAUAUCAACAACAACAACUACAGAAGUGACAACACCAAAUUUGACUACAACAUCAGCGGCAACAAUAACAGGGAUAACAGGACCAAACAUGACUACAACUGUAUCAACAACAACAGAUUCAACAGUACCAAAUAUGACUACAACGGUGUCCACAACAACAGGAAUAACAACACAAAACAUGACUACAACAUCAAUGACGAUAAGCGUCACAAUAUCUAAUACGACCACUGACACCUUGAUGCCAGUCUCGGGUACCAUGCUACCAGUUUCGGAUGUAUCAUUCUUGACAGUGGGCACCCAGGUUCCUAAUACAACUGAAACAUCAUCGACAACAAUAACCGCAAGCGUGCUGCAAAACAUCAGUAGCUCAUCGUUGGCAGUAGAAACAGCAGCCAUGCUGUCUGAUACAACUGGAUCAUUGUUAAUACCUACAACAGAAACGAUUCUACUUGAUGCAUCCCCUACAUCAGUGACAGCAGCAGCACGAACCGGGCUGUCGGCUACUGCUUCACCGUCAUGGACCACAGGAACUGUAAUGUUUGAUGCAACAACACCAUCAUCCACAGUCAUAACCGAAAGCAGGCUAUCUAGUAUAGCUACACUGUCACCUACACCAACGACGGGUACGAUAAUGCAAUUUAUGAAUUCAUCAUCAUUAGGAACCGAAACUAUAGUGUCUAAUGCAAAUGCAAUAACAUCGGUCACAGAGACUUUGAUGCUGGAAACAAGUACACUACGGACCAUAACAACUCAACAAACCAUUGUUUCUACUAUGAGUACAUCGUCAAUGACAGCAACUGCAGGCGCAACACAGUCGUUUACGGGUACAUCAUCAUCAGGAACGGGAACUACAGUGCUUCCUACAACUGCGCCAUCAUCAGUGCAUGUAACAGAAACAAUGCUGUCUAAUGCUCCUUUAGUGUUCCCGACAGUCGCAAAAGAAACAACUGUGUCUGAUACUACUUCAGCAUCUACAAGAACAGGAACGGCACCAACGGUGGAGGCUAUGCUUUCGUUUACCACUGCUCCAUCAUCACAAACAUCACCUAUGUUGUAUAAUGCUACUGAACAAGCGUCGGGAACAGGAAAUACAAUGCUGUACACAAGGACACCGUCCCAGGUACUUGGAACAGAAACUUUGUUGUCGAAUAUAACCAUACCGUUGCAGACAGUAGGAGCAGUAACUCUCCCAUUGUUCACGACUGCACCAUCAUCAACGUCACCAACUAGGACGGCUAAUACAACUGCAGAAUCAUUAGGAACAGAAACAUUUAUGCCUGAUGCAAACACAUCAUUAUUCGCAGCUACAGCACAAAACACACUGUCUAAUAUGACGUUGAUGUCAUCGGCAGGAACAGCUGAAAGCAUGCCGCCGUUUACAACUGUGCCGGAAUUGGUAUCGAAAACAAUGGUGUCUGAUACAACUGCACGUUCGGUGGAAACAUCAGUCAUGACGUCUCAUACAACAACAUCAUUGUCAUCGACUAUACCACAAACCAUUCCAUCUAAUUCUGCUCCCGCAUCGUUGGCACCAGAAAGCCCAUUACCUAAUAUCACUAUACCACAGGCAGCAGCAACCACUGGAUUUAUGUCGCCAUUCACGACUAUGCGGUCGUCGGGGACAGAAACGGUGCUGUCCGUUGCAACUGAAUCCUCAUCGACAGUCACAACCGAAACUAUGAUGCCCAAAAUGUCCACAUCGUCACUGGCACAAACUACUAGAAGCAUACUGGUGUUCACGAAUUCACCAUCAUUGGGAGCAGGAACGUUGCCAUCUAAUGCAACUGCACCAUUAGCGACGGUCACAACUGAAUCGAUGCUUGCUAAUAUUUCCAGAUCGUCACCGACACAAACUGCUAGAAUCAUGUUACCGUUUACAACUAGAUCAUCAUCAUGGGCGAGCACAAUCCUGCCUGAUACAACCGCACCAUUACUAGCUACAACAGGUAGGAUGCUCGUGAAUACUACUGCAUCAUCAGUUGCAACGACAGUAUCGGUCACGUCUAUAAAUGCAUCUACGAUCACAUCCAUAAUUCCAAUCGUAAAUAGAGGUAGGUUCUAG